AUGCCUGAGAGUCCAAGCAACACAGGUAUCAUGAGUGACAAUGUGGAUGAGCUGAAGCAGCAGCUGGAGAGAAAGAUCGCUAGGGUGGCAGAGUUAGAAGGUGAACUGGCUCAGGCCAAGAAAGACUUGCGGGCGGCUCAGCGGACCAUCGACGAGAAGGACUUGCUGCUGCAAGAGCGCGCACGGAAGGAUGCGGACAAAGCCAAGCAUAUGUCGGAGUUGAUGGAGAAGCUCCGCAAGUCCGAAGAAGAGGCUGAAAAGCUAGCGGCGAAGCUGUACAAGGCUGAGGAGAAGAUAAAACAGCUGAAAGAACAAAUCCGGGAGUUGAAGAACCAGCUGGGACUGCCACAAGAACAGAGUGAAGAGGAAGUGGAGGAGGAAGUGGACACUGGCACUGCCUUCAUGUCCCGCUACUAUUUGCGCGCCAAGAACAGCGGAAAGCCUCGGUGGAUGCUUUUGAGCGAGGAUGCAAAAUACAAAUCGCAGAAGAAGACCCAGGACGAGAGCAAACAGGUCGUGGGUGGUGGUCCUUUGCCUGUUGGACAGAUGGGCAUGGGCUGGGCUGGUGGCGCUCAACCACAAGAGGCCUCGCGCGCCUUCAACUUUUUGAGGAAAGCGCCGGGAGCAUCGCCGAGUCGCGCAGGAACACAGGUGCGCUUGCAGUACUCCUUCACUCAAGCUUCGUCUUUAGCAGAAGGACCAGAUGCUUCCCCUGCGUCAUCCCAUGCGGCUGGGGCCUUCAACAGGAUGAACACGAUUCACGGCGGUCCUAUGCAAGACACUCCUCAUAGCCCAAUGGCUGCACAAGAGGCGCAGAGGUUGAUGCAUUCCAACUCGAUGCCGUUCUCAGCAGGCCCCGAUUCAGCGGCGUUUCACGGCGGUAUCAGUAGGCAGAGUACUUCCAACUCAUUGGUACCUGGAUCAAAUGGUCCCAACGUCUUUGUGCCACGCGCCAAUACACCUCCACUGCCUCAUCCCAUUUACGCCGCUGGGGGAGGCUCCGUCUUCCACAAUGCCAACUGGAGGGGUGGUCAAGCUGCGCCUUCCACGGGGCCUGCCUUCACCUCCAAUAUGGCAGGCCCCAUGGGUCCGGCGAUGUCCAACCCUUUCAGGCAAGAAGGCGGUAUGCCGAACCUGGGUGGGAUCAGGCUGGGCACGCCUCCUAUCCUGAACCCAUCUGGUCUCAACGGUCUGCAGGGACCUUCCGCCCCUGCACCCGCUGGACCCCCUGGGCCCGGGCCACAGCAAGCACGGGCAGCGCCCAUCGUGGAGGCUACUGGCAGCAGCAGCCUGGCUGUGGGAGGCUUCUCGCAGUCGCUGGGGAAGCCAAGCCCUUCCGGGAGCCCAGGAUCGACCCGGCCGAGCGAUGAGGACGUUCCCACUUCUUCUGCAGGUUUGCCUUUGAUGCUUCCGAGCGAACCUGGAGCGAGCCGAGAGCUGAGACAUUCCAGUUCCUCCUUGUCAUUGUCACCUGCCAGCUCGAGUCGAGUGGCACACGUGGGCUUGGCCAUGAUUGAUCCAAUGUCUCCACAGGACCGCCCCAUGUUGCAGCUCAUUCCGCAAUCAGGGGCCAGCCAGGACUUGCCGUUCAUGAUGGACUCCAUGGAGGUGUCAGCUGCAAGAGCAGGUGCCAGUCGCACUUUGGAACGGCAAGCUGCCAGCUGGUCGUCCUUUCCGUCCUCCUGGGGUUUUGCCGAUGCUUCGCAAGGACUGAGCGGUCCACCGGCUGUGGUGAAUUUAUCCAUGCCUCAAAACCCCUCGUUACCAGGGCCGGACUUGUCUCCUUCACAAGAUCAGGUGCCUUCAAAGGAGGGGAACCAGGUCCCGGUCCAUCGACCCAUGCUGCAUUCCACCACUGUGCCCUUGGACAUCUUGGACCAAGACUUCAUUACAGCCUCCACACCGAUCCUGCAGCUGGAUGGCAUGGGAGAUGUGGGUUUUCCGAUGGGGAAGUUGGUACUUCAAUAUCAUCAAAGCAAAGACGUGGUACCGGAGGAUGUGCUGAGAACUGCUCAAGGGCCAGUGGGUAGUCAGGAGCUUGGUCGCACUGCUGGCGUACUGCUGGUACUGGCAUACAUCGCGGUGGGCAUUGCGCUGCGUCGUGCAUCAUGGAUGACGGACCACCGCUGCGACCAACUUCGCUGGUUUACUUUCAAGGUGCUGUUCCCUAUAUAUCUUCUUCGGACGCUUUGGAGCAUCAGCCUUUCAUUGGAUUUCGUGACUGUGUUACCCCUCAGCCUGGGAUUUCACGUCCUGUGGUUCGUGCUGAGCCAGCAGCUGUCGACCUUUACUCCCGAGGCCAAGGAAGUGCAAAGUGAAAGCGGUCAACCGCACGUGGUUCUCACCGGCUGGGCCCUGCUGAUGGCGCAAGGAGAAAAUAUGGCCUUCACCUAUCCACUACUAGCUGAGGCCUCUCCACAACCCGUUGAAAGUUUGGCUGGCGCCAUGAUGUGGGAUUUGGGCGCCAACAUUUGGCUUUGCCAGGGCUUUCUGUGGGGCAUCGCCACCCUAUACUCGCCACAAGUGCAGGCCGGGAGCUAUCAAGCCAUUCGCGCGCCAGAGACCGCGGGUGAGGAGGAAGACUGCACCAGCGAUCUGAUGGAGUCGACCUUUCAAUCGCUGAUGGGCAACUUGCCGCGUAGCUGGGCUUCGGGAGCGAAGGAUGUGGCAAUCAAAGCAGUGACCGACUCCAUCUUACUACGCGCCUGUCUUGCCGGUAUUUGUUUCAACCUGUUGAGAAUUCCAUUACCUUGGAUUGUAGAUGCAGCUCUCCUGCAAAUUGGAGCCCUAUGCAAGGCAUUUUUAUACCUUUUGGUCGGAUUGUACGCAGACUUCAACAUCUCUUACGCAGACUGCCGGUUCAUUGCGGCGACCCUGGCCCAGCGUUUUGCUGCGCAGAUUGCCUUGGCGAUGCCACCUGGCGGCGGUGGAGAUUUUGCACCCCGUGGUGCGAAGAUGGAAACAUCUGGGGAUAGCUCCCACGUUUUAUUGCCAUUUCAAUGGAGAAAAUGCUGA